GAGAGGAUUUCCGUAAGCGAACAACGACUCACGUAAAACCUACUGUUUUAACUUGAGAGUGAACUAUCYACUGAAAAUGUCGAUUAGUGAUUUCACAAAGCCUGAAAUUGUGCCCGAGGCAACACCAGGCGCACCAGAACCAGAAGGAAAUACUUUAAACUCCACUAACCYACCACCAAAACCCGAAGUAGUAGUGGAGCCAAUGCCAGAGUGGAAUAAAGCCAUUGAUAYUUGGGGCGCCGCUUGGGAAGUCCAUCAGUUUGGUAUCGGGGCCAUGUUUGSCAUUAUCGCUGUGCUGUCUUUGGUGGCUUUGCUGAGACUACGAAUAKCGCGUCAAAGCUCGAAUAAGAGAGYUAUUUCUAUUGUUUURCACGCACUUUUGGUGAUGUAUGGGACUUCAAGGUGCUUGUUUUUGAGUAUCGAUGCUUAUCAUCAUAGAAAAACAAUGCCUGUAGCAGUUGCUAACGUUUUGUGGGGAAUUGCUCAGCCGUGUUUGAUUGCUUCCUAUAGUCUGUUGUUCGUGGUUCUUCGCAACGCGAUACGUUUGAAACAACGCUUUCAAACAUGGUUUAACACGAGAAACAUUGCACUUGUUGUAAUUCCGCAUUUCMUGUUCGUCUUCGGCUCGGAGCUCGCUAUUUCGUUUGCUCCGCGACUUAAAAUCUUGACUUUUGUUUGUCAACUUUUAUACGCACUUUUAAGUUUCCUUUUGUCGUUCUUCUAUUCUUACGUCUCCGUAUUAAUCUGGGAUAGUAUGAAAAAGAUGCGACAAUCUUCCAAUAAYCAGUCAACAAGCAACCAAAUGUCCCGCAUUUUGCUUGCAUGCGUUGGGGUUGCUCUGGUUGGAAUGGUGAUCACAGCAAUGCAGAUUUAUGCCAUGGCAGGACCGUAUGGAAUCUUUUCGAAGACUGUCUACAUCUCGGCAUGGCCGUGGUAUUUAUUUACCACAGCUAUGAGACUCUUAGAAGUCAUGAUGGCUAUURUCCUGUUUGGUAUCGCCCGCCAUCAAUCAUCUAGUUCCUCUGUACGCGCAGCGCCCACCAAAAUGGCGCCAAGAAAAGCAUGGGCUGUAAAGCCGUCCUCACUUGAACAGCAGACUAUUGCAACGUCGACGAUGCACGAAAACUGAAUUUUUAUCGCUGACAACAAACUUUAACCAUGUUUAAAGUUUAGACGAGGUUCCAGCCGAUAAAAACUUCAGUAUGGAAUCAGUGACAAGCGCUACAAGCGAUGCGUUUUUCGCGCAUUUGUGACACUGAAUCACUCGUUCUCAACAAUGUCAAAAACCACGACUGGAAACCACUAGCCUGACAUUGCUAUAUUUAUAGGAACCAUAACGUUUUUGCAUUUUAAAAUAUUAUUUCAGUUAUUUUUAUUUUGUAAAUCUCGUAGAAAUGGUCUCCGGAUGUAUACUUGAUAUGUAUACCCAUGCAGCUUGUUACAAGAAAGACUUUGACUGGUGAGGCUUCAAGCAUCGCCAUUCAUCGCAUUAAAAAAACAAAAUCAAAUUAUUCUAUAUUCAUAUAAUCUAUCUUUUCAUUCUUUUCUCUUGAUCCCACACAAUAUUUAUCGUAAAUAACCUUGGUCAUUUGUAAUGUUUUGGUUACAUCACAAAGGACAUUUCCUCAUGUUUUGGAAUUCCAACCUGAUGUUUUUCGAGAGCUACAGUCACGAUAUAUUUAUUGACCGCGCACUGCAAAAGCUCACAAAAGAAAAACUGCUUAGACGUAGAUUCGACGUCUGGCAAGAAAAAUAAACGAUAAGUCGUACAAGAAAGGUUGUGUAAUGUUAGUAUUAACAGCACAAAUACAAAAUACAAUAUGAAUCACUGCCAUAUUGUUUUAUGAUAGAGAUCAAGUUUUCAUCAACAACAACCGCCGCUCUAAUGAUCAGUUUCCAAUUCAUCGUUAACGCCACAAGACGGUGGCUUGCAAUAAGAUAUCCAGUGGAGACAUUUCAAAAUAAUUACCCAAAUUGUUAUUUCAUUUAUUAAUUUUAGCAAGGGAGGAUAUAUGCAGAAAGGGGAGUGGUGGGGUGGUUAGACAACCCCCUUUUUAUGGUUCAAAAAUAAAGAAAUAUAAAUUAUA